GAAGCAUCUUAACUGCAUCUACUUCUCAACUGCUAUAAUUAAAAAAAAAAGUAAUUUAAAUAUACCUAAUCCUAAGAAAAAAAGUGUCAGUUCAAGUGCAAGUGCAAAUAAAAUGAAUUCGCAACAAUUUCGGGAAUUCGCCAAAGCGGCUAUCGAUUUAAUAGCAGAUUACAUGGAUAAUAUAAGAACUAGGGAUGUUCUGCCGUCUGUGGAGCCGGGCUAUUUGCUCAAAGUAAUGCCUGAAGAGGCGCCGGAGGAACCGGAGGAAUGGAAGAAUGUUCUCAGCGAUUUCACCCAAGACAUAUUGCCAGGCAUAACACACUGGCAUUCUCCAAGGUUCCAUGCUUUCUACCCAACUGGGUCUUCCUACGCCAGCAUUGUGGGGAACUUGCUGAGCGAUGGUUUGGGGGUCAUCGGCUUUAGCUGGAUGUCAAGUCCGGCGUGCACGGAGUUGGAGGUGGUGACGAUGAAUUGGCUGGGCAAGCUGCUGGGACUGCCUGAGCAGUUCCUCAACUGCUCCACCGGGCCCGGCGGAGGGGUUAUUCAGGGCUCUGCCAGUGAAGCAACAUUAGUCGGACUUCUCGUAGCCAAAGAGAAAACAGUGCGCAAACUUUUGAAAAUGAACCCCAAUCUUGACGAAGGAGAAAUAAAAGCGAAACUUGUGGCUUACACGUCAGACCAAUGCAACUCAUCAGUGGAGAAGGCAGGACUACUUGGUUCUAUGAAAAUGAGAUUGUUGAAAGCAGACGCCGACGGAAGAUUACGCGGCGAUACUUUAAAGAAAGCAUUUGAAGAAGAUAUAGAGCAGGGUUUGAUUCCGUGUUACGUGAUUGCAAAUUUGGGUACAACGGGCACUUGUGCCUUCGAUCCCCUGCACGAGUUGGGGCCGGUGUGCAACGCAGCCGGGGUGUGGUUGCACGUCGACGCUGCGUAUGCGGGAGCGGCAUUCAUCUGUCCCGAAUACAGACAUCUGAUGAAAGGCAUAGAGUUUGUCGACUCAUUCGACGUAAACCCACACAAAUGGAUGCUUGUCAACUUCGACUGCUCCGCCAUGUGGGUCAAGAACGGAUACGAUCUAAUCAACACUUUCGAUGUUCAAAGAAUUUAUUUAGACGACAUCAAAACCACUAUAAAAAUCCCCGACUACCGACACUGGCAAAUGCCUCUCGGUCGUAGAUUUAGAGCUUUAAAGUUAUGGACUGUUCUCAGAAUAUAUGGUGCCGAAGGACUCAGAAAUCACAUCAGAAAUCAAAUCAGUCUCGCACAGUACUUUGCGAAAUUGGCCCGCGCCGAUAAUAGAGUAGUGGUGGAGCCGGAAUCGUCGAUGGGUUUAGUAUGUUUCAGAUUAAUAGACGGAGAUAAGGUCACCAAGAAAUUGUUAGAGAAUCUGACUGAAAAGAAAAAAGUUUACAUGGUCGCUGGUUCAUACCGUGGCAGGUAUAUGAUCCGUUUUGUCAUCUGUUCUCGAGUCACGAAGAAGGAAGACAUAGAUUACAGUUGGAACACGAUCAAAGAAGAAAUAAACGUCCUUUGUUCUGAGGAGAUACAUACUAAGACGCAAAUACCUGCAAUUCAACAUUUAGAUGCAGUUAAACUAUGCGAAAAAUCGAAGUAAGUAAAUGGAUUAGACUAAGAGAUAGUGAUAUACCAGUACGAAUUGAAAAUAAAAAAGACAGUGAAAUUUAGGUAGAGUUGAAAUGGGUGCACGCCAAUCACUGUUCGUCACGUCUAACUGGAAUGGAUACGAGUGAAACUGCAGAGAUAUUAUUUAUUUUCAGCACAAUAUUUUUUAAUAGUAAAAUGCUUUUUUGUUUGUCUACUACUACUAUUACUGUGUUGCUUUCGUUAUUUACUUAGCCUUACUGAUAUUUAAUGUAUGUAUCUUCACAAUUAAAUGGUAUUACUUUA